AUGUCAUAUGAUUUGAAUAUCCCAUGGCCAGUGAGCUCUUAUGAUAAGAAACCAACACCACAAGAAUUAACAAAUUUCAAAAACACCAUAAUCACAAAUUAUUCACUUGGUAUUACACAUCAAGUUUUAAAUUUCAUUAUAACGGAUUCAAUUAAAAUACCAAUUAAUUCAAAUAAUAAAAAUGAUAUUAAUCCAAUACCUAUAGAUUCAUUAAUUAAAGAAUUUAAACCUAAAUUUCCAAAACUUCGAUUAUUUACAAGAAUUACAUUAAUUAUAAAUGAUUGUUCUAAAAUUCCUUCAAUACCUAAAUUAACCAAUAAUUUUGAUAUAAUUUCAAUACAACCAAAUAAUGAAAAAGUAUUUCAAUCAAUAGUAUUAAAUUUAGAAAUUGAUUUAAUAUCAAUCAAUUUAUCAAAUAAAUUAAAUUUUUAUCUUAAAUUUAAAACUUUACAUACAGCAAUUGAAAAAGGUAUUAAAUUUGAAAUUAAUUAUAGUCAAUUAAUAUCAGGUAAUCAAGGGUUUUUAAAUAAUGAAACUAAUUCAAAUUUAAUUAAAAAGAAUUUUUUCAAUAAUGUAUUACAAUUGAUUAGAGGUACUAGAUCAAAUGGAUUGGUUAUUUCAAGUGGGGCUCAAAAUCCUUUACAAUUGAGAAAUUUGAAUGAUAUUUUAAUAUUAUUAUCAACUUUGGGUUUAGAUAAGAAUAAAUCAAGGAAAUUUAUAACUGAAAUGCCUGAAAAAGUAUUGAUUAAUGGUAAAUUAAAAUCAAAAAGUCAUAGGCAAACUAUUGUAAUUAAUGAUGAUGAAAAGUUUGUUGAAAAUUCAAAUGGUGUUGGGUAUAAAAAGAAAUUGGAAGAUUCAAGUUCAGGCAGAUUAUUGAAAAAGAGAAAACUUGCGACUAACAGUUAA